AAGGAGGGACAUCCGCCUCGAGAUUUGGCCAAUAGCAACAGGCCAAUACUAACACGUCAAGGCCUAUUUUCAGCUGUAAAAUGUCUAUUUGUUUUGUUAUUUUCAGAUAUGCAUUUUAUAAAACCCUUUUGGUUUUGAAUUGAGAAGAAUUCACCACUUCUCCAUGGAUUCAUGUCUUCGCAGGCCAACAGCACCGGUUGCCAACGACAGAAAGCCAAUCAAAGUGAAGAGAUCCAAUUUUAGCUAUAGAGCUGACGGUCAGCUUGAGCAGAAGCACCCAACCAUGAAGUCUGACUAGGCGGGCGAUGAGCAUUGACACAAGCAUGUCGAUCAGUAACAGAGAACUGGUGUUCUUCUUCCUAAGCCAUAAACUGUCUCAGAGGAAUUACAGGCCUAUUCCCUUCCAGCCCGAGGGGGCAGAUGAGGGGACUGAUGAGGACAAGUCCAACAGGAUUGGUAAUAAUGGGUUACGGUUGAACGACGGUAACGGCAAUGGCCAGUUGGCGCCAUCACCUACUCCACAAGGCACGGAGGCUGUGAGGGCAGCGCUUCUAGAAUCGGUGGAAGAGUUUGAGUUGCGCUACACGCUGGCCUUCAGCGACCUGUCGUCCCAGCUGCCCAUCACCCCCGCCACGGCCUACGGUAGCUUCGAAAGCGUGAUGGACGAGGUGUUCAGGGACAGCAUCAACUGGGGACGCAUAGUGGGCCUGUUUGCCUUCGGGGGGGCCCUCUGCGUGGAGUGUGUGGAGAAGGAGAUGAGCCACAUGGUGCCCCGCGUGGCAGAGUGGAUGACCAGGUACCUGGACGACCACAUUGACCACUGGAUCCAGAGCAACGGAGGAUGGAAACACUUUGCUGCGGUUUUUGGAAGCGACGCGGCAGCGGGAGCGAGGCGUACCCGGGACAGUCACAGGAGAUGGAUGCUGGUGGGCGCGGUGCUGCUGACUGGGGUGCUGCUCGGGGCUCUGCUCGCCAAGAAACAUGUCUAGAGGACGGAUGAGUCAGCACGUGUUUACUCCCUCCCCCCCUCCCCUAGCACAUACUGUACAACACUAAAUAAUAUUAAUAAAAAAAUGGUUAAUGUUUACAAAGGCCCAGUUUGCUUGUGCACUGACAGUCUUGAUUGGCUAUGGCAGUUUUUCCAUAUGUAGCUUGUGAGCUGUUAUACUCCGUACCCAGCCUGUGCUGUGUUCCUUCUGCAUACAGCAAAGCUUUUAUCUUUUGUUUUGUAUAAAGGAUGUUACACAUUAUAGACCGGAGGGGUUUGAAAUGGAUCUGAUAAGCUAAGAGUGAAACGGGACAGAGACUUGCCUAUUGUGUUUAUUUUUUUGCCUUUGUGUAUUCUCUUAAGGACCAAUUUUCAUUAUUUCCAAACUGACAGAAGAUAUUAUAGAAUAUAUUUCAUUUUCUAUUUUGUAACACCUAGUUAUUUUCAUUUUAUUUUGCUGUAAAGGAGUUAUGGCAUGCUUCAAAAAAAUAAAUAUAUUUAUGUUUUG